GGAGACAACAGCAGGCGCAGGCGCUACUUACACGCGCAGUCGGUAGCCCACAGAAGAGGCAUGCAAGCUGGUCUUGCUCUCAUCCAAAACGGCGACAGAAAGGAGAAAUGGCGGUGCACAGCUCGAUCGCGUCUAAGUUCUCCCUCUCCUGCGCCGCGCUGCUGACAGGCAAGCAGCCAUGGCUAGAGGGGGCGAACAAGUACUACUACAGCAGCGAUGACGGCACCGCCGCUGAUCCACAUGGUCCGGCGCAGGAAAAGCAUGAGCCAGCAGGCGCUAUGUCAUCGUCUUCCUCUUUUACGCCAGGGAGCAGCGCAAAUGCACUGCUCGCCAAGCGCCGAGAAAGGUGGUUCGCCGAUUUGCUUUGCCUCCCCGUCGAACCGUCGGCUUUAAGGGAGCCGCUGACCGCCACGGUUCCCAUCCGAGUGCUUCUCGAUGAAGAGCCUGGCAGCAAAGGCGAACAGAUCAGAACAAACAUCCGGCAUCUCUGGCAGUACUCGCUGAAGGCGUGGAACGAUCGAGAUGAGGCUCGUCAUCACAAUGCGCUGCAGAUCCUUGUCUAUCUCUCGGACAUAGUCUUGUCCAAAUCGCUGUCGGCACUCUCCAUCAUCUCGAUCCUCUGCUCCAGCGUGACGAAUGCCGAUGCUGACCUCCUCGCUUUGGUCGAGACCAUUCGGCUGUCCCUGCAGCGAUGCUGCCCUCGUUCAUCCCCAAAAUUCAUCUCGGACGGAAGCGACACGGACGAACGACGUGCCGAAUUGUUACUUACGCUCAAACUGAUCAUUGUCUGGACCGCCAGAGCGGGUCAAACGAGCCUGUCCAGUGCCUUUUUCCGCAGAGACCUCUUUCCCUCUCUGUCCGCUGUUCUCUCCGCCGUCAGUACCUCUACCUUCGAGCCUAACACACUGAAGCCAGGUAGAGAGAAUGGAGCCGAGUACAUUACUCCAUCGCCGCCGUGGCUGCGCGAAGUCAAAAUUAAAACGUCGCUCUGUCUCACGCUGCUAUGCACCAGCUCCCUGCCGCUCACAAGGCGAUUGGGUGAGAUCGAAUACGACGCCGUCUUUUCCGGGAAUCCUUACGCGCGUCGCCUAGCCGACUGGGUCGACGUGGCAAGCAUGUCGGCUGGUAUCUGUGAGGCAUCUGCCGAAGUGUGGGAACAGGGUGUCAUUGCUGCAUAUGAGCAGCGCGGCGAGCAGGAAACGCAGCAUGCAAGCGGCCUGAGCAGCUUGUGGGGUCUUGGGGCGAUUUUUAGCAGGCAGAGCAACGUUCCGGCUGUCGACGGAGUUCCAGCAGGGAAAAGUAACGGGAGAGCUUGUGAGACGAAAACUUUACCGGCUCCCAGUGUCUGCACGCUGUUGCCCAUUCUUCUUCUGAGCCACCUGAACGGCGCUUUUGUCGGCGCCCUCACAAACGGCAAAGCAGACGGCGGUUUAGCCUCUGCAUCCACCGGAGGCGUGCCCACUCUGCCGUCUAUCGCUCCGCAUCUCUCGCUGCUCAGCAUGUCGACCUUUCUGCAUGCGAACGCAGCGGCCGAUGCGCGCUCCGCAGCAUGCGCACGCCUCUCACUUGCCACGCUGCUUUCCCUCGUUCAGUGCGCGCGAGCCGAGUCGCUCCUGCGGCCGCUAGAGACCCACGAGCUGCAGCGCAUGCGCAUCUGCCUGCACCGACACACGGGCGGUAUCGUGCCUGCCAGCUCAAUGGCCCUGGCCACUAGCAUAUUCAAGCGUGCGGUCGCCGCGCCGCCGCAGACGAGCAUGCACUACAUCCUGCUGAACGCCAGCAUCUUUCUGCGCAACAAUCUCAGCAGGCGGCUCAACGGGGAGGGGUAUCUCCUGGCUCUGCGCCUCGUCUCGCACGCGCUCGCGCUGUUGGCCACCACGCGCACGAUGCUCGAUCUAGACUGGUCCGCGCACUGGCAUGCGCUGCUGUCCUUCGCAUCCUUCCUCGCAUCUAGAAUUGGCGAGCUCGAGGCGCAGUACCAAGAUGCGGCGCGGCGGGCAGGAAAGCAGCUGCUGUGCACUCUCAGCGCCGCACUACUCGAAUCCGAUCGGUUCCUCCCUUCGCCCAAGGAGGUGCAUCAGUUGAUCUACGAGGUGGUUCGCUCGGGCGCCAUGCUGCGGAGGCUCGCUGCAGCGCUGGUACCCCAUUUGGUCGCCGGCUCCUCGCCUACUGAUGCACGCGCGCCUCCAUCUUCUGCUGGGGAGACGAAUUCCGACAGCGGUCCAUUGACGCCGAUGCCGGUGACCCCGACUCCGCAUAGCGCCGCGUCCUUUCUCUCCUUCACCGAUUUCUUAGCGUCGAGCCCGCCUUUGCCGCAAAAAGCAUACGUCGAGCUGCCCGGUUGGAAGGUGCUAGAGUUGGUUAUUAAGACCGUAGAGGCCAAAUUGCAGCAGCAAGGAGAUGCGAACAGCAGCGCCGUAGGACCUGCGGACCCUCCUGUCGCGUCCGGGUUGAGCGUCAAGACUGUGCUCUCGGCGAUUGCUAAGCUCAAUCUGGAUGUCUUGCUUGCUGGUGCCAGCGUCGAGGAACUCCGGGUGGAGGAUGGCAGCGGGCGCCGACUGGCCGGUAUGGAUGCGGACAAAUCGGGCAGGCGGACAGGCCGUUAUUAUGGCGGCGGAAGCAAUGGAGACGUUAGCACAGGCAGUCAGCACAAUGAAUACCUGUCGGCCAAUAGUAGCGCUGCGCCGAGUCGCACUGCUUCACCAGCUCCAAGCUUUGGUGAUGGGUAUGCCAGCGCCGGCUCGGGCGGCAACAGCAGCGGGGCGCAUACUGGCUUACUCGCUGUGGUCAAGCUUUGCGCUGCUGAUGCACUAACACUGUAAUAGGGGUAUAUGCUUGCAAUCUAU